AUGUCUUCCAACGAGGUGACAGCAAAGGCGAUGCUUUUUGAUAUGGACGGGACUCUUCUCGACUCAACCCCGGCCGUAUUGGCAGUUUGGACCCACUUUGCCUCGGAAUACAAUCUGGACCUAAGCGAAGUGCUGAGAACAUCCCAUGGCGUUCGGACUGUAGACAAUAUGAAGCGGUGGUGUGGAAUAAGCGAUGAAGCCGAACUCCAGGCCGCGACAGAGCUCUUUGAGACCAUGAUUGUAACCGAGGCAAAACGCUUGCAAGAUGCAGGCGAAAGAGGUCUGGAGAUUUUACCUGGCGUCCAGGAUUUCCUCGAGACACUGAGGGGACUGACAUAUCCUGCCUGGGCUAUCGUCACCUCUGCGACUGGUAAAUACGCUUCCGCAGCACUGCCGACUGCUGGUAUCGUCGCACCUCCUCACCUUAUCACUGCGGACGACGUGACGCGGGGCAAGCCCUUUCCGGAGCCGUAUCUGAAGGGUGCUGAGCUGGUGAACGUGGACAUCAAGGAUUGUAUUGUUGUCGAGGAUGCGCCUUCCGGAAUCCGCUCUGGUGUGGCAUCGGGGGCGCGAGUAUUGGCAGUCUGCACAAGCCACGCGCGCAAGGAGAUUGAGAAUCUGGGGGCCACUUGGAUAGUGGAAGAUCUUUCUCGUGUCACAGCUUCCGGUGCGGACGGUCACUUUACCCUUGUCAUCGAUACGUCUUCUAGCUAG